GUUUCAUUGAGAACCGCAAUUUGUAAACUAGUUUCGGUUUUGCGCUAGGGCUCAUUAUGGACAGGAAAACAGCGAACUUCGUCCAUUCACAGGCUGUUAUUCGAGACUACAUAUCACAACCGCGAAUCACUUAUAAAACUGUCUCUGGUGUAAAUGGUCCUUUGGUCAUAUUAGAUGAUGUGAAGUUUCCUAAAUUCGAUGAGAUUGUCAGGCUGACUCUUGCUGAUGGUAGUCAACGAACUGGACAAGUUUUGGAAGUUAGUGGUAAAAGAGCUAUCGUUCAAGUAUUCGAAGGAACCAGUGGUAUCGAUGCUAAGAAUACUACUUGUGAAUUCACCGGAGAUAUUCUUCGAACUCCCGUGUCUGAAGAUAUGCUGGGUCGAGUAUUCAAUGGUUCUGGAAAGCCAAAGGAUAAAGGUCCAGCAAUCCUUGCAGAAGACUACUUAGAUAUUCAAGGUCAACCAAUUAACCCAUGGUCGCGUAUUUAUCCAGAGGAAAUGAUUCAAACUGGCAUAUCAAGUAUUGAUGUUAUGAAUUCAAUUGCACGUGGUCAAAAAAUUCCUAUCUUUUCUGCCUCUGGUCUACCUCAUGAUGAAAUCGCCGCCCAGAUUUGUCGUCAAGCUGGUUUAGUCAAAUUGCCGGGAAAAAGUGUUAUGGAUAGUGAUGUAGAUAAUUUUGCUAUUGUAUUUGCCGCUAUGGGUGUCAACAUGGAGACUGCUCGAUUUUUCAUGCAAGAUUUUAAAGAAAAUGGUUCAAUGGAAAAUGUCUGCCUGUUUUUAAAUCUUGCAAAUGAUCCUACUAUUGAGCGUAUUAUAACACCACGUAUUGCUUUGACAACAGCAGAAUAUUUAGCUUAUCAAUGUGAAAAGCAUGUGCUGGUUAUUCUUACCGAUAUGAGUUCAUAUGCAGAAGCAUUACGUGAGGUUUCAGCAGCUCGUGAAGAAGUGCCAGGUCGUCGUGGUUUCCCAGGUUAUAUGUACACUGAUUUAGCAUCGAUUUAUGAACGAGCUGGUCGUGUUGAAGGUCGAUCAGGAUCGAUAACACAAAUUCCAAUUUUAACUAUGCCUAACGAUGAUAUUACUCAUCCUAUACCAGAUUUAACAGGUUAUAUUACAGAGGGUCAAAUCUAUGUGGAUCGUCAAAUUCAUAAUAGACAGAUCUAUCCACCAAUUAAUGUAUUGCCGUCAUUGUCUCGUCUUAUGAAAUCGGCUAUUGGUGUUGGUAUGACGCGUGAAGAUCAUGCUGAUGUCUCUAAUCAGUUGUAUGCCUGUUAUGCAAUUGGUAAAGAUGUUCAAGCAAUGAAAGCUGUAGUCGGUGAAGAAGCUUUAAGUGCAGAAGAUCUACUCUAUUUAGAAUUUUUAACAAAAUUUGAGAAAAACUUUAUUACUCAAGGUGCAUAUGAAAAUCGUAGUAUAUUUGAUUCCUUAGACAUUGGUUGGGAAUUACUGCGUAUAUUCCCAAAAGAAUUAUUGAAACGUAUACCUGCAAAAAUAUUAGAAAAGUAUUAUCCACGUUAAAAUGCGCGCGCGCGCGUGCCCAAACACACAGACACACAUGGGGGAACACAAGCUCAAUGAACGCUCUCUGUCCAUCGUAGAUGUUGUCAGCCAAGACAGGUUAUUAAUAUUAUUAUUACUAUUAUUGGCAAAGUCAUUUUGUAGUAUGUUUCUUUUUUUCUCAAAAAUUUUCAAUCAUUCCAAAAUUGUUUUCUUCGGUUUUACUAUCAUUAUUACUAAUGCUACUUGUAAUACUCUAGAAUCUUGUCUUUUUAUUCCCUUAUUUACCAAAAUCAAUAAUUACACUGUGAUGAUUACUCUCUCUCUCAUCUUUCUACCUUUUUUUUUAUCUCCACGACUGACGGACUGACUGACUGACCUAAGCGACCGCCCUGGCGCAGUCUAUCAUGUUUCUCUUCACCUUUUUUUUCUGCGUUUAUUUAUUCCCAUUGUUUUUUGUCGUCAAGAUGAAAAGAAUGGGUUGAAAGCAUAAUAUUAUUUAUUAUCUUGAUAUAUAUUAUUUAUUUAAAGUUAUGAAAAAGUCGUAUUGGUGGUGGUGGUGGCGCUGGUGCUGCUGCUGGGGAGGGUUUAUUGGAGGGAGAGGGAGUCUUAUUUAUUAUUAUUAUUACUAUUAUUAACGUUGUCUGGAGUUAUUUUGUUCUCUUUGUUUUCUUUUCUUUUGAUUUCAUCUGUAUAUUUCUACAGAGUUGUCUCUUCUUUGAAUACUUUAAAAAAUAAAAU